GCGGCAGCAGCAGGAGCGGCGGCGGCAGCAGCAGGAGCGGCGGCAGCAGCGAUAAUGACGACGCUCCGCGCCUUCACCUGCGACGACCUCUUCCGCUUCAACAACAUCAACCUGGACCCGCUGACGGAGACCUACGGGAUACCCUUCUACCUGCAGUACCUGGCCCACUGGCCCGAGUAUUUCGUCGUCGCCGAGGCGCCCGGCGGGGAGCUGAUGGGUUACAUAAUGGGUAAAGCAGAAGGCUCUGUGGCUAGGGAAGAGUGGCAUGGACAUGUGACUGCUCUCUCUGUUGCACCAGAAUUUCGACGGCUGGGUUUGGCCGCUAAAUUGAUGGAACUACUGGAAGAAAUUUCAGAAAAAAAGGGUGGAUUUUUCGUCGAUCUUUUUGUGAGAGUAUCAAAUCAGGUUGCGGUAAAUAUGUAUAAGCAACUAGGCUACAGUGUGUACCGGACUGUAUUAGAGUACUACUCUGCUAGCAGUGGAGAGCCAGAUGAAGAUGCUUAUGAUAUGAGAAAAGCUCUUUCCAGAGAUACGGAGAAGAAAUCAAUUAUACCUCUGCCUCAUCCUGUGAGACCAGAAGACAUUGAGUAACUGUAAGCUGUGAUUCUCAGGCCACUUACUAAGAGCAUCAGGUUCCUUCUUCCCCCAGCCUCCAAGAACAUACGGAUGAGAAAUCUUAGGCUCAGUGUUUUUCCCCAUGAAAUAUUAAAAAGCAAUAUUGAGAAGCUUACUAAUCCUGCUUCUGUUGGUAAUGGCUGCAUACUCCUGCCCUUACCACAUUAUUUUUCCUUUCAGAUAUUGGAAAUUCAGAGACUAUUAAAAGGGAAUUACCUCA